AGCUACUCACCUCAGGAAUCACAUAAGAAGAUAUGCUAGCUUGCUAGCUAGCUUAGCUAAAGUGCUUUAGUGCGAUCUUUCUGUUUUUGAGGCAUUCGUCGAGGCAACAAGGAACCAAGACGCCUGAGCGGAGAGCCGAGAUGGGUCCGAGAAAAGGAGUGACGAGGAAAAGGAAAAGUGAGGAUGCAGCUUUGGUGGAGGAAACAGAAGCAGCAAAGACUGAGGAGAAAGGAGGCAUCAAGGGGAGCAACAAAUACAUAGGAGCUCAUGUUGGGAUUCAAGGUGGGAUCUGGAAAGCGGUGGAAUCCAGCGUGGAGAUGGGGGGCAAAGGUUUUGCUCUGUUUCUCGGCUCUCAGCGGUCAUGGAAGAGGCCUGCUUUGGACCAGAAAGCUGCAGAAAAGUUUCAGGAGCAGUGUUCCCUGCAUGGUUUUGACCCAGUUCACAUCCUACCUCAUGGCUCCUACCUGAUGAACUGUGGCUCUCCCAAAGAUGAUGUGUUUGAAAAGAGCCAGGCGCUGCUGGUGGAUGAGCUCAGCCGAUGCAGCCUCCUGGGCCUCAGCCUCUAUAACUUCCACCCCGGCUCCUCUCUUGGCACCAUCACUACUGAGCAAUGUGUGAACAAGAUAGCAGGAGCUAUUAAUCAUGCUCACCAGCAGACGCCUGCUGUGGUCACAGUUUUGGAGAACAUGAGCGGCCAAGGCAGCACCGUUGGCGGGAAGUUCUCAGAGCUUAAGAGCAUCAUAGACAAGGUGAGAGACCAGACGAGGGUGGGAGUGUGUCUGGAUACCUGUCACGCCUUCGCAGCAGGUUAUGACCUUGCUGCAGAGGGAGGAGUAACCGCCAUGCUUGAUCAGUUUGAUCAGGAAGUCGGUCUUAACUUUCUGAAGGCUGUUCAUCUUAACGACUCUAAAGGUAAGCUCGGCUGUAACCUGGAUCGACAUGAAGAUAUCGGCAAAGGCAACAUCGGACUCUCUGCGUUCAGGGACAUCGUCAAUGAACCGAGACUGGACAAUAUUCCACUGAUACUGGAGACGCCCGGACGGCCUGGAUUCGAAUAUGCUGAGCAAAUCAAGCUACUCUAUUCCUUGUGUGAGGACAAAAGCAAGCAUGGCCAAAACUAAAGCUUUCACUGAAUGUUACGCACAAAGAUUAUUACCACACUGUUUUAAAGAGUUUAUUUUUUAUGUUUUUCAAUAAAAUGAAUAAAUGU